CCGCGCCGCGGGCCGGAGGCGCAUGCGCCGGCGGGGCCCGUGAGGGGCGGGCGCGGCCGCUGCGGGGCGCGCGGGGCGGGGCCGCCCCCGCGCAGGCGAUGAUCGAGAUGGCGGCGGACAAGGAGACGUUCCUGGCCCCGGCCCCGCCGCCCCUCAGGCCCCCGCCCGCGGCGGGCGGCGGCGGCGGCGGGCCCCUGGGGCAGCUGCCCGAGGGGGCCGCCCCGGCGGAGCUGCGCCGGGGGGCCGAGCCGCCGCGCGGGGGCGGGGGCGGGCGCGGGGGCGGCCCCCUCGUGCAGCUGCCCCAGGAGGCCGCCCCCUGGGGCCAGCGGCGGGGCGGCGGCGGGGCCCCGGGGCGGCCGCCGCAGGGGGCCGGCGCCAAGGAGGAGGAGGACGGCGUGGGCGAGCUGCCGCGGCCCCGCAACGGGCUGCAGCCCCAGCGGGGCAAGCGGCGGAACAGCUGCAACGUGGGCUUCAAGCACCCGGCCUCCAAGCGCCGGCGCCGGGUCAACUCCGAGUGCGACCCGGUGCUGCCCUCCGAGUUCCUGCUGGGGGGCAACAUCUUCGACCCCCUCAACCUCAACAGCCUGCUGGACGAGGAGGUGAACCAGGCCCUCAACGCCGAGACCCCCAAGUCCUCGCCGCUGCCGGCCAAGGGCCGGGACCCGGUGGAGAUCCUCAUCCCCAAGGACAUCACCGACCCGCUGAGCCUCAACGCCCAGGACGGCGACGCGGCCCUGGUGCUGGCCUCGCCCUUCAAGGCGGGCCGCAAGCGCCACCGCCACCGGGGGCAGCAGCGGGGCGGGGGCGGGGCCGGGGACUGCAAGCAGGUGGCCUGCAAGGCCUGCGACGCCGCCUGCCCCACCCCGCAGCCCUACGAACUCAACACGGCCAUCAACUGCAGGGACGAGGUGGUCUCCCCGCUCCUGCCCCUCGCCGCCGAGGGGGCCGGCUGCGGCACCCCUUCUUGUGCCUCCUUCUCGGGCGGCCGCCACCACCGCAAAAGGCGCCGGACUUCCAGCAAAUCAGAGGUGGCCGGGGGGGCCAAGCUGCCACCGCCUCCCCCCACCCCGGGCGGGGGCAAAGGCGGGGGCCAGCCGGGCAAGAGUAGCCCGGAGAAGGGCAAAGGGGCCGGGAGGCACCAAGCGGCGCCCACGGCCAAGCGGCGGCGUCGGCAGCGGAAGUUCCAAUACGGCAACUACUGCAAAUACUACGGCUACCGGAACCCCAGCUGCGAGGACGCCCGGCUGCGGGUCAUGAAACCCGAGUGGUUCCAGGGCAAAGAGGUGCUGGACCUGGGCUGCAAUGUGGGGCACCUCACCCUGAGCGUGGCCAAGAAGUGGAAACCUGCCCGGGUGGUGGGGCUGGACAUAGACGGGGCCCUGAUCCACUCGGCCCGCCAGAACAUCCGCCACUACCUGUCAGAGGAGAUCCAGCAGCAACAGGAGGAGGCCGAGGAGACGCCGGCCGGAGCCGGCAACAAGAGGCGGAGGGGCUGCUUCCCCGCCUCGCUGGCGGCCAGCAGGGGGCCCAUCGCUGCUCCCCGGGUGCCCCAGGAUGGGGCGGGUGCUGCCGACUUCCCCGACAACGUGAUCUUUGUCCGGGGGAACUACGUGCUGGAGCGGGACGAGCUGCUGGAAACGCAGGGCGCCGAGUACGACGUCGUGCUGUGCCUCAGCCUCACCAAGUGGGUGCACCUCAACUGGGGGGACGACGGGCUGAAGCGGCUCUUCAAGCGCAUCUACCGCCACCUGCGGCCCGGCGGCCUCCUGCUGCUGGAGCCCCAGCCCUGGUCCUCCUACGGCAAGCGCAAGAACCUGACGGAAACCAUCUACAGAAACUACUACCGCAUCAAGCUGAAACCGGAGCAGUUCCCCUCCUACCUGACCUCCCCGGAGGUGGGCUUCUCCAGCUGCGAGCUGGUGGCCAGGCCCUACAACAGCUCCCGAGGGUUCCAGCGCCCCAUCUAUCUCCUUCACAAGGGCCACCCCACCACCCGCUGAGGGAGAAGCGGCCGACGCUCGGGACCGGAGCCCCCCGUUCUUUUCUUUGCAUUGGAGGACAGCUGGGCUGAGCCCGACGGACCCAGGGGCGGGCGGGACUGGCCGCCGCGCCCCGAGAUCGGCAGCCGCUGGACGUGGCGCACCUCCCCAGCCCCAGGCACCUGCGGGCAGACGGCCCGGCCCGCGGGGUUUGCGCUCACCAAACUGCCGAGGAAUGAAUCCGCCGGGUGAGAGGGGCUGCCCCCUGCUGGACACUGCUUAGCGCUGCAGCCUGAAGAACUGCAUGGGGGGUGGCUGCAGGUGCCCCAUACUGAAUACUCAGCCCCCCCCCCCCCAGGGGGAGGUGAUGAAAGGAGGCCAGGGGCUCCCCCCUCCAGCCCCCACCCAGUCCCCAGUUGGAGCCCAGUGCACUUCAUUCCACCACAGGGCUGGGGGGGAAGCUAGAGCAGAGAUUGGGGGGGGGAUGGGACAACAGUCUGUGCUCCCCACUCCCCCCCCCAGUCAGCUGUCCAAGCUCCCCUCUGAUUCCCACCCCUUAACAGCUCAUCUUUCUGCAGCAGGGAUGGGAGGGGCCCUUUGCAUCUAUUGUUAGGGGGGAGACCAGCUAGGGCAGCAACUGCCUCAGUUUCCCCUCUGCUGUAAAAGGGUGGGCAGCGCUGCCCUGCUUGCCGGCGGCAGGCUGAAGAGGUGCCUGUGGGAUCCCUUCCUGCUGGCCCUGGGCCGGUUCCCCCCGCAGCAGGGGGCCCCAGCGGCAUUGCCUGGGGGGGGGGCGUCCCCGCGUGUGACGUGGAGUUUUAUCCUUACAGAUGUUGAUUCUAUUAUAUAUAAAUAAAAGCUACCGAUUAUU